GACGUCUGAUUAAAAAAAAGUGCAGUAGUUAACUCGUUCAUCUGCUUCUUUCACUAUUUUGGUUUGUCUUUUUCACUCUUGUACUUAAUUGGAAUUGUAGAAAGAUAAUUCAAACCACCAUUUGCAUAGCGUAAACUUGCAUGUCCUAUAAAGAUUUAAUUGGUUGCUGUACUUAAUCAAAGUGUCGAAAUGUUCCUCACGUCUUUUCUGAAAAAGAUAAGUAGCAGUGAGAGCAAACCGCCUCCCGAAACAGUUAAUAAUGUGAUAUUAGAGAAGGCUGUAACCGUAAGUUCACCAGUGAACUUGCCAAGUUGGAAGGACAGAUCAAUUUGGACAUCAUCGUGCAGACAGGAACCAAAUGUUCAGAAUCAAUGUCAAGAAAUCAAAGAAAUCAUCACUGACUUGCUGAGGACAAUUAGAGACCCUGAAAAGCCCAACACGUUAGAAGACCUGUUGGUUAUUACAGAUGAAUCUGUUCAAGUACAACCAUUCGAGGAAAAUGGUUACUUGGUUAGAAUAGAUUUCAAUCCUACAGUUCCUCAUUGUUCACUUGCAAGCCUUAUUGGCCUCUGCCUGAGAGGCAAGAUUCAGAAAAAUGUGGUGGAAAGGAUUAAAUUGGACAUAGUUAUUGCAGAGGGGAAACACAGCACAGAAGAAGAGAUCAAUAAACAAAUCAACGACAAGGAAAGAGUCGCCGCCGCCUUAGAGAAUCCCAACUUAAAAGAAAUGGUCGAUAGUUGCAUAAGAGAUGAAGAAUAAUAAGAAUUUUGUUAAGAAAAAAAAAUAAAAGACGAUAAAUUUCCUCAGAGUAUUUUGUAUUCCAUUCCAUGAGAUCAACUCACAAGUAUGAAAGGCACUGCAAAGGCACUGCAGAGACAAUUUCAUCGCACAUAUACACCCUGGAUUGAUUUUAGUAGAAGACUAGAAACAAUUACCAAAAAGCUCCCUGGUAUAUAUAUAAAUUUUGCAAGUGUUAUCUCUGGUAAGAAGAAAAGCAUAACCAAAAGCGACAAGCAAGUUUGUUUCGUGAAAGACUUGUAAACUUAAAAAAAGAUCAAAAUUUCUCAAAAACGAGA